CAUAUUUCCUGGUUGUCCUCUGCGUUUUAAUUGUCUCAGCAUCCCUAUACCUGGCGGGAAGAUAGCAUCAUAGUCUACGUUUCAGAGUCUUACAGAAGCGGAAUAAUGAGUACUACAAACCGCGACUCUUACGUUGCAUCCCCCAACGAUGACCAGCAGACUUCACAGCAAGGAGUGGCGGAUGAGAACAGUGCCCAACAACUCGUGACUGCAGUUGACGAGCUGCUAGAUCAAUUGCAAAAUCGCUUCGAGAAUGUCUCUACGGAAAUACUAGGGAAAUUGGAUGAUAUGUCGCGGCGUAUUGACGAGCUCGAGAACUCGAUUGCUUCCACUCGUGAUUCUACCCACUCGGCUUGAGCUUUAAUGCUAUUAUUGUUAUUGAGUAUUAAUGCAAUAACCGUCUCAUGGGGUUGGAACUCUUGAGUUGCUACGCUAAGCCACGAUAGCGGAGAGGUCAUUUGAAGAGGUUCGCUCUGAAUGAUGCAGCCGUCAAACUUGGAGCUGCAGCGCAGGGCUAGAGCCUACUUACGACCUACGCCUUAUAUGAAAUGGCGGA